CUCGAUUUACAACAGUCUUGUCCCGGCUUUCAUGGACCCGGGGCAGGAGAUCAGGUGUCGCUGUCUCUUUCUCAGCCGGAGGUCCAGAGCGCAGGAGGAAAGCGAACCUUAGGUCGCGCUGGAUUCGAAAGUCGGGGCGCACACGCUCUGCGUCAUGGCGGGCUGAGGCAGAUGAUGAAUUCCGGUGUGUAUGUGAGGGUUGCUGUGUCACUCGGCCCGCUCGGCGCGCCCCUUCCCGGCCACCCUUCCGCACCGGUUUCGCGUUCUUCCGGUCUCCCGGCGCCCCUCACCUGCGGAUCCCGUCAGUACCGCGGCCUGGCGAACGCCUCGCGUCCCCUGGGGACAGACCUCGCGCGGCGUCCGGGUCCCGCGGCGCCGGACUGACGCGGGCCAUGGCAAGCGGCGCCGCCAAGUACCGGCUGAGCUGCUCGCUCCCGGGCCACGAGCUGGACGUACGCGGCCUGGUGAGCUGUCUCUAUCCGCCGGGGGCCUUUGUGUCCGUGUCCCGAGACCGCACCACUCGCCUCUGGGCCCCAGACAGCCCUAACAGGGGCUUUACAGAAAUGCACUGUAUGAGUGGUCACUCCAAUUUUGUAUCUUGUGUAUGCAUCCUACCAUCAAGUGACAUCUACCCUCAAGGACUAAUCGCCACUGGAGGAAAUGACCACAAUAUCUGCGUUUUCUCACUGGACAGUCCAGCGCCACUUUAUAUACUAAAAGGUCACAAAAACACUGUUUGUAGUCUUUCUUCUGGAAAAUUUGGGACAUUACUUAGUGGGUCAUGGGACACCACUGCUAAAGUCUGGCUGAAUGACAAAUGUAUGAUGACCUUACAGGGUCAUACAGCUGCAGUAUGGGCAGUAAAGAUAUUACCUGAACAGGGAUUGAUGUUGACUGGAUCAGCAGACAAGACUAUUAAACUGUGGAAGGCUGGAAGAUGUGAGAGGAAUUUUAUGGGGCAUGAAGACUGUGUAAGAGGUUUGGCAAUUUUAAGUGAAACAGAAUUUCUUUCCUGUGCAAAUGAUGCUAGUAUUAGAAGGUGGCAAAUCACUGGCGAGUGUCUUGAAGUAUAUUAUGGCCAUACCAACUAUAUUUAUAGCAUAUCUGUCUUUCCCAAUUGUAAAGAUUUUGUGACAACAGCAGAAGACAGAUCUCUAAGAAUCUGGAAGCAUGGGGAAUGUGCUCAAACAAUCCGACUUCCGGCUCAGUCUAUAUGGUGCUGCUGUGUGCUAGACAAUGGUGAUAUUGUGGUUGGUGCGAGUGAUGGUAUCAUUAGAGUUUUUACAGAAUCAGAGGAUCGGACAGCAAGUGCUGAGGAAAUCAAGGCUUUUGAAAAAGAACUCUCUCAGGCAACCAUUGAUUCCAAAACUGGUGACCUAGGGGACAUUAAUGCUGAGCAGCUCCCUGGGAGGGAACAUCUGAAUGAACCUGGUACUAGAGAUGGACAGACUCGUCUAAUCAGAGAUGGAGAGAAAGUCGAAGCCUAUCAGUGGAGUGUUAGUGAAGGAAGGUGGAUGAAAAUUGGUGAUGUUGUUGGCUCAUCUGGUGCUAAUCAGCAGACAUCUGGAAAAGUUUUAUAUGAAGGGAAAGAAUUUGAUUAUGUUUUCUCAAUUGAUGUCAAUGAAGGUGGACCAUCAUAUAAGUUGCCAUAUAAUACCAGUGAUGAUCCCUGGUUAACUGCAUACAACUUCUUGCAGAAGAAUGAUUUGAAUCCCAUGUUUUUGGAUCAAGUGGCUAAGUUUAUUAUUGAUAACACAAAAGGUCAAGUGUUGGGCCUUGGAAACACCAAUUUUUCAGAUCCAUUCACAGGUGGUGGUCGGUAUGUUCCGGGCUCUUCAUCGGGGCCUUCUAAUGCUCUGCCUGCAGCAGAUCCUUUCACAGGUGCUGGUCGUUAUGUACCAGGUUCCACAAGUAUGGGAACUCCUGUGGCUGGAGUUGAUCCGUUUACAGGGAAUAGUGCCUACCGAUCAGCUACAUCUAAAAUAGUGAAUAUUUACUUUCCCAAAAAAGAAGCUGUCACUUUUGACCAAGCUAACCCUACACAAAUAUUAGGUAAACUGAAGGAACUUAAUGGAACGGCACCUGAAGAGAAGAAGUUAACUGAGGAUGACUUGAUACUUCUUGAAAAGAUACUGUCUCUAAUAUGUAAUAAUUCUUCAGAGAAACCCACAGCCCAGCAACUUCAGAUUUUGUGGAAAGCUACUAACUGGCCUGAAGAUAUUGUCUUUCCUGCCCUUGAUAUUCUUCGGUUGUCCAUUAAACAUCCCAGCGUGAAUGAGAACUUCUGCAAUGAAAAGGAAGGGGCUCUGUUCAUCAGUCAUCUUCUCAAUCUUCUGAACCCUAAAGGAAAGCCAGCAAACCAGCUGCUUGCCCUCAGGACUUUUUGCAAUUGUUUCGUUGGCCAGGCAGGACAAAAGCUGAUGAUGUUGCAGAGGGAAUCACUAAUGUCCCAGGCAAUAGAACUGAAAUCAGGGAGCAAUAAGAACAUUCACAUUGCUCUGGCCACACUGACCCUGAACUACUCUGUUUGUUUUCAUAAAGACCAUAACAUUGAAGGGAAAGCUCAAUGCUUGUCAGUAAUUAGCACGGUCUUGGAAGUUGUACAAGACCUAGAAGCCACAUUUAGACUUCUUGUGGCUCUUGGGACACUUAUCAGUGAUGAUUCAAAUGCUGUACAAUUAGCCAAGUCUUUAGGCGUUGAUGCUCAAAUAAGAAAAUAUGCCUCAGUAUCAGAACCAGCUAAAGUAAGUGAAUGCUGUAGACUUAUACUAAAUUUGCUGUAGCAGUGGGCAGGGGGCUGAGAUUUUAAGUUAAUUACUUUUUUUCUCUCAGAUUUUACAUGACUGAUAACAGAUGGUAAAACAAAAUACUGUGGGUGAAGUAACAUUUCAGAUAUUGUAAAGGGGGGAGGGGUGACAAAGGAAAAAUAAAAAAUUUUUGCACUGAUUAACUGUGAGAUCGUACUGUGUAGUGUGGGUAGGUUUUCAAGAGUUUAGAAACAAAUUAAGAACGAGCUAUAAUCAGCAACACAACCACUAUGGUCGCAUUUUGCCCUUACUUUAGCCACCUAGGAAACAACAAUGACUUUUAUUGCUAUAACCUGCCACUACUUUAGAUAUCCUAAAUUGUUAACUGAUGGUGGUUGUUUUGUUUAACUUCUGGUCCACUCACUUUCAUUGUUGGACGAGGUCUUGUUUCAGGAUACCUCCUUUAGAAUUAAAAAAAAUUAGACUUGUGAAUUAUUCCAGACACUGAAAAAAUAUAAAAUAAUUAUUUGAUUUAAGUCAUUUAGACAUAAAGUUAUGUUUGUUUGAUGGCUCAUUUUUAGAGGAUGAAAAAGCAUAUUGCUAAGAUACGUGAUAUAUGAGAUCAUGUAUCAAUUCACGCAAGUCGAUUCCAGGGUUAUGAUCCAGUUUCUUUUGCCUUUCAAUAUUUGAUAUAAUUUCACUUUUCAUUCCAGUUUCGGUAUUUGGUUAUCUAUAUUUGGCCAUUUACAUUAUUUCAAAGGGAACUCAAUAUGUAUUCACUUUCAUUAGGCCAUCACACAAGCAAGGGUACAUCAAACUACUUCAUUUGGAAGGCCAGAGCCUAUUAUAUGAAACAAGUAUUUCAGAACCCCGAAGAUGUUCAAAGGAGCCUUGGUGGCACAGUGGUUAAGUGCUCAGCUGCUAACCAAAAAGGUCGGCAGUUCAAACCCAGCAGCCACUCUUUGGGGGAAAGAUGUGGCAGCCUGCUUCUGUAAAGAUUGCAACCUUGGAAACCUUAUGGGGCAGUUUUACUCUGUCCUUCAGUGUCGUUGUGAGUUGGAAUCGACUCGGCGGCAGUGGGUUUGGUUUUUGGUUUUGGAGGAUAGUUGAGGCACUGUGGUAAACACUUGGUUUUUUAAUCUUCAAAACUCCUUUAAAUAGAAAGUUGUAUCUAUUUUCAGAAGUAAAGAAAAUGGAAGGAAUAAUAAGAGAAAAAAUAAAAGUGAAGCCAAAAAUGAGUUAAAUACUCAGAGUGCUUGCCUUACUAUACUUCCUAGAAAGGAAACUACAAAUGUGUUCCAACAUCCUAGAGACAACACAAAGAGGGAACCAUCCUGUUAAUUACACAACCCAUUCUUCUUAAGAGAAGUGUAGUUAUUCCUAUUAUAAAAAGUGGGAGAGAUCUUUUAUGGAUUCUCAUGAAGGUGAUUUUGCCUAAAAUAGCAUUUAUGGUAUUCCCAGCAUUUAUGGUAUCCUUAACCGUGAAUUUCUUUGUUUAAUGGCAAAAUGUAGUCUAGAAGAGAAGUUCUCCAAUACAGGAGGAAAAGCUUCUAAUUAUCCAGAUUAAUCCAAGGAAAAACUUUAGGAAUGUCAAGAGAAUGGGUUAAAUAUAAAGAGAGGGAACAUAUGUUUGUUCAGUAUUAAGCUGCAAGUUCCUGGUGUGUACCUGGACUUUAAAUAUGUUUGCUAAUUAAGUUAGGAACCUAUGCUUUACUUUUUGUUGAGUUGGGAUUUAGGUGGUAGAAUCAAAGUUAAAUGGCAAAGCUAAGAAUUUAACCAAGUCAACUUAUUCCAUUACAAUACACUUUUUUUCUUGUUAACAUGUUCAGUCUGGCAUUCAGUCAUAUGUAUAAACUUACUGUGUAAUAUACUGAAAUACUAAGUACCUUUGAAUAAGGGUAGGGCAUACAGCCUUGGUUAAGAACGUGAGCUCAUUUUUCCAAAAUGUAAGGGGUAGCAAAUAUAAACACUAUGUGCUUCAUGUUAGUGUAUGUCUUUUUAUAACAACUUUUAUUAUACCAUAAAUUCAUGGUUAUUGAAGAAAAAUUACAAAAUACAGUUUAGUCAAAGAAAAUAAGCCCAAUGCUAGUAGAAUGAUAAAUGUUAAAUAGUAGUUUAUUGAUUUCCUUAAACUUUUUUUUUUUCUAGGUACAAAACCAAAAUACCCUUGCUGAGUUAAAAACCACACAUAUCAAAUAAAAAUUGCCUGAAAUUCUACUACUCGGAGACAACCAUUUUGUGGCAUAUCCAUAUGUGUGUAGAAAUGUAUUUCAUUCAAGGAUUGUAUGAUACAUACUGUUCAAAAACCUGAGUUUUAAACAGCAUAUAUGCUGCACACAGCUGGAAUUAUAUGAAUAUACUUAUUUUCUACUAUUGGACUUUAAGUUUCCAAUUGUCUGCUAUCAAGCAAUGCUAUGAUAAAUCCUCAAAGCUACAGCAUUACGAUUGUCAUACUGUUGCCUCAGGAUAAACUUUUUACAUAGAAUUCGUGGGUCAGACAUUAAUGUGCAGUUUUUAGACUUCAUAUAUAUUGCCAAAUCACCUCCAGUGUGCACCUUUUAGAAUUAAUGUACUUUGUGUUGCACUUCAAACAUCAUUGCCUGCAAAAGAGCUAAAUUAUGGGUGUCAGUAUUUCGAAAACAAUUAUCUCCUCUAGCAUUACAUUUAAAAAAUGUGUGUUGCUCUUGUGAUUAUCUUUCUAAUGACUAGCUGAGUUUAUAACUAAAUAACAAAUGAAAUUUGUAUCUGCCUCAUAGCAUUCUUAAAUGAUAGAGAAGUAUAGCUAAAAACAGAUUCUUUACAAAGAUAAUUCUGGGACUAUAACAGGGACAUGGGUCCUUAGCGGUUAUUUUGUAAGGAGAUGCUAACAUGCAUAGAGGGCUGUUGUGAUGUAUCAUCCUGUCUUGAGGUCCUGAGGUAUAAAGUGCCCUUUUGAGAUUAGCAGAUGUUAUUCAGUCUUUAAAAAAAAUUUUUUUUGAUGUAUUCUAAUGCAUUUUUCUAUAAGAAAUUAUACAUGGUAUAGCUGUGAUUAUAAAUACAAUGUUAAAGUCUGCUUUAUUAGAAUUAUGGGAGCAUUUUCCAUGCUUUUUUGUGAAAAUGUUCAUACCAUCAGAGAAGUUGAAAGUACAGUGAGCACUCAUGCACUUGCCAGCUAAAUUUAACAGUUGUUAACAUUUUGUCAUAUUUAUCUCUCUGGUUUAUAUUUUGAAAUAAUUUAAAAAUAAGUUGAAGAUACCUUGACACUUUAAUCAACUAAAUCCUUCAAUAUACAUGUUCAAAGCAUAAUGGCAUUUUAAAGGACAUUCUUCUUUAUAUUCAUAAUAUCAAAGUAAUAAUUUUAUAAUAUCAAAUAUCCAGCCCAUAUUCAAAUUUCCUCUUUGACCUAAGAAUACCUUUUAUAACCUUAUAAAACCAGCAUCUAAUCAAAGUUUAUAAUAUUUAGUUAUUUGUAUGUCUUUUUGGUCCCUUAAUCUAGAACAGCCCUCUUAUAUAUUUUUAAUACCCUUGACCUUUUGAAGACCUCAUUUCAAUCCAGAAUAUGAAAAGUCCCACAUUUUGCAUUUGUAAAACAUUUCUAUAUUGUCGAUUGCUGCCCAACAAAUUUCCCCAAAAUUUAGUGGCUUAAAACAACACACAUUUAUUCAAAGUUUCUGUGGAUCAAAAAUUCAAGCACAGCUUAACUGGUCUUCAGUGUUUCACAUGAGGCCAUAAUCAAGGUGUCAGGCAAGGCUGGGGUCUCACCUGAAAGCUUGUCAGAAGAAGCUUAUCAAGCUCACAAGGUGGCCAAGCUCACUUACAUGUUUGGUCAUUUUCAAGCUCACUUACAUGGUUGGUAAGUUUUUUCCGGAUUUUGGACUGAGGCCCUAGUUCCUAGCUGGCUCUUGGCUAGAGGGUACCCUUAGUUUCUUGCCACGUGACCCUCUCAACAUGGUAGCUUGUUGCAUCAAAGCCAGCAAGGGAGAGUCAGCUAGCAGAAUCAAAUAUUGUCUUUAUAAUUUGAUCACAGAAGUUAUACCCCCGAAUGUCUAGAUUUCUAUUCAUUGGAAGCAAGGAGAGUGGAUUACACAAGACAGUGAAUACCAGGAGGCAGGAUCAUAAAAGCCAUUUUAGAGUCAUUGCUGCCACAUUUAUUUCCUAUAAGGUAAAAGCUAGGUCCAGAGCCUUGACUAGAUUGAGGUUAAACUGUUUUGGCAAGGAUAUUUCAUAGGUGAUAUGUACUUGAUAUUUGGAUUUGAUUGCAUCAUGUCUGAGCCUCCUUAAAGACGUUUCCCUUAUAACUAAAAAGAUCAGGAGAAUAAAAACAGAGCAGAGGUGUAAUUGGUCUUCUAGUUACCAUGUAAAUAGGGGCUCAGGAGCAUUUUAAAAAGCUUUUUAAUUCCUCCAUUUUUAAUUUAUUUACCUUUCCGUCUGCUUCCCAGAGUGAUGAUCAAGGUUUAUUUGUUUAAUCGUUAAAAUUAAGGGUACUCAUGUGUUUGUUUUCUGGGGGUAUUAAGGAAGGCAGGAUCUUGACUUUGAAUACAUGUAAACCAAUCCAGUGCAAAUUGUGGAGGAAAAUAGUCUUCAGAAUAGAUUGGUAAUGGAAGCUUUAAAGAGAAUGCUGGCUAGGAAUUUUCUCAUCCUCUGCCUCAGAUGAGAUCCUGGGGCUUAAGGCUUGACCUUGGGAUUCCUGGACACAUUGUAAUAAAAAGAUAAAGCAUCCAAAUGGCAGUGACAUUUCCACCAGAUUUAAAGUUAGAUAGCAAUGCUUACCAUAAUGAUUUGCAGCUGGAUUUAAAUCAUACGUUUUUAAAAGGAAUAGCAAUACCCCGGACAUAAAUUAGGUAAUCUAGAUAAUGUACAUUAAGUAAUUUCUAUAUGUAUAUUGUAUAUGGGAGCCCUGGUUAGGCAGUGGUUAAUCGCUCAGCUGCUACCCGGUUAGCAGUUCAAACCCAUCAGCCACUUCUUGGGAGAAAAAUGUGGCAGUCUGCUUACAUGAAAAUUACAGCCUUAGAAAUCCUAUGGGGCAGUUGUACUCUGUCCUGUAGGGUCACUAUGAGUCAGAAUUGACUGGAUGGGCACGGAUUUGGUUUAGUUGUAUAAGUGUAACCUAAGUUUGUUCUCAUCUCUGUGGGAUACAAAACCAAACCCGUAGGUACUGCUAAUAACCUUAUUUUUACAGAUGAAGAAAGUAAAAAAUAGGCCAAAUAAAUCUUUAUAUAUAUUACAAGGCAGGAAUAAUAAAAUAAUGGAAAAGAGAGUGAUAUUUAAUAAAUGAUGUCAGCAAAACUGGCUAUCAAUAUGGAGAAAGAUACUGAUUAUCCUAACAACAAGCAUGGUGGCUGAUAGUGCCAUGGAAGCUUUUAUGUAGAGCAGAAGCAGGUGGCCCGAAACAAACAAACCGCAUUUCUUUCAUUCUUGUAUCCUGAAAGGAACAAGUGAAUUGGAGAUGUUUAUUUCUACAUCAUUUAAAAAUUUCAAUAGUAUAAGCAACCAGAGGUGCUGUAUAAAAUAGUGAAAGCACUGGCUUUGGCGUUAUGAAGACAUACGUUUCAAUAACAUUUCCACCACUUACUAGCUAAAUGAAUUUGGGCAAGCUCCUUAACCUCAGUCACAGUUUUAUCAUUUGUACGCUGGAACUUCGUAAGACAGGAGAAUAAAAUAUUCAUAUAAAAGCAUAGCAAAAUGUCUGACACAUGCUUAACAAAUGUUCCAAGGACAAUAUAAGGCUACCAUAUCUUUAACAAAGAAAAGUGACUGCUUUUGUACAAAGAACAUCCAGAAAAAGUAAUUCAUUCUCAUUGCUACUUGGGAAAAAAUGUCUGUUGGUGGAAGCCUCUAGUGAAUUUUUGUAAAAGUAGUUCUUUGGAACUCUAGACACAAUCUUCCUUAACCCCGUUUUAAAUUUUCUGUAGUGCCACAGAACCUCACCACCAAAUAUAAAGGUGUUUCUGUGAGAAUGCAAGAAUCGCAUCUACCCAUACUACAGCCCUGGCAGUGAUGUCCAGAUUUCUCUUAAGUCCUCACUUCUGUGCAUUUAAUGGUGAAGACAUAUAAUGAGGAAUAAAUCUGGUUUUCCAUCUGAAAAUGUGCAGUCACCCACUCAUUCAUUCAACCAGUCAUUCAAAGAGUAUUAGCAAGAAUUGGCUACGUUUUAAAUUUUGAUUGAGAACACCUGAGUAUUGGGAAAACCGAAGUAAACAAAACAAGAUCCUUUCUUUCAUGGGGAAACCCUGGUGGUAUAGUAGUUAAGAGGUAUGGCUGCUAACCAAAACGUCAGCAGUUUGAACCCACCAGGAGCUCCUUGGAAACCCUAUGGGGGCAGUUCUAAUCUGUCUUAUAGGGUCACUAUGAGUUGGAAUCGACUCAACAGCAAUCAGUUGGUUUUGUUUGUUUGCUUUCAUGGGGCUUACAUUCAAGUGAAAGGAGGACAGAUAAUAAAUGUAUGUAUGGUGGUGUCAUUUACCUGGGUCCACGAUCAACGCCCAUGAAAGCAGCAGUCAAGAAAUCAAACAAUGUAUUGCACUGGGGAAAUCUGCUGCAAGACCUCAUUAAAGUGUUAAAAAGCAAGGAUGUCACUUUGGGGACUCAGGUGCACCUGACCCAAGCCAUUGUAUUUUCUACUACCUCAUAUGCAUGCAAAAGCUGGACAAUGAAUAAGGAAGAUAACUGAUGCCUUUGAACUAUGAUGAUGGCGAAGAAUAUUGAAUAUACCAUGGACUGCCGGAGAAUGAAAAAAUCAGCCUUGGAAGAAGUACAGCCAGAAUGCUUCUUAGAAGCGAGGACAACGAGACUUUGUCUGAUGUACUGUGGACGUGUUAUUAGGAGGGACCAGUCCUUGAAGAAGAACAUCAUGUUUGGUGUUAUGGAUUGAACUGUGUCCUCCCAAAAUGUGUGGCAACUUGGCUGGUCCAUGAUUCCCAGUAGUGUGUGAUUGUCCACCAUUUUGUCAUGUGAUGUGAUUCUCCUAUGUGCUGUAAAUCCUACCUCUGUGAUGUUGAUGAUGUGGGAUUAGAUGUAGCUAUGUUAAUGAGGCAGAACUCAAUUUACAAGAUUAGGUUAUGUCUAAAGUCAAUCUCUUUUGAGAUAUAAAAGUGAGAAGUGAGACUUGGGGACCUCAUACCACCAAGAAAGUAGAAAACAGGAGAAUAGCACAUCUUUGGACCCAGGGUCCCUGCCCUGAGAAGAAGCUUUACGACCUGGGACUAUUGAAGAUAAAUGCCCUUCCCCAGAGCUGUUAGAGAGAGGGUCUUCUGCCUGGAGCUGACGCCCUGAGUUUAGACUUCUAGCCUAGUAGACUGUGAGAGAAUAAACUGCUUUUCGAAGCCAUCCACUUG